CAUCACAGAAUACAAUGGAUUCGAUUUGUUUAUGCUGUGUUUGUUUGUUAUCUAAAAAUGAUUAAUAAAAUCCUAUUUUUAUGAAUGAGUUUGAUUAAAUUUCCUUAACAAUACGGUAGAAAAAGACAUAAUGUAUCACUAUAGCAAUAAUCACAUGCAAGCGUUCUACCAUAACGAAUAUCCCCCGUGUUCUUUCAACGACGCGAGGCAGAAUUCAAAUGGCGUGAUUCCUUCGCCGAGCAAGCUGCCCGAGCCGUACGUUACUGUAGAAGUGCCUCCAGUACAGGCAGAGAAGCCCCCUGAUACCCCCCGGAAGGGGAAGGCUAGACCGGGGGCGAGGCCGGGGCCUGGCGCGGGGGCGGGGACGAAGCCGGGGGUCGUGGACACGUCCACGUUCAGCAUCGAGGAGCGCCUCGUGGCCGCCGUGUGGGUGCACGAGAGGAAACGAACCAGGACUAGCAUUAGCCAGAUAAAGUGUGACUUCCGUCAGCGGUUUGGUCGCGAGCCCCCUGCCAAGAACACGCUGCUGGUGUGGGAGCGCAAGCUGUUCGCGAGCGGCAGCGUGAGUGACGCGCCGCGCACCGGACGCCCCAGCAAUAGGUUGUCGCACACGGAGCGAGUGGCGGCCUCGCUGGCGGCGGCGCCGGCGCUGUCGCUCCGAGCGCGCUCCGCCGCCCUGCGCCUGCCGCGGACCACGCUGCGAGCCGUCCUACACGACCUGCCAGGGACCAAGCCUGCAGUCGUGAAGAAGAAGGGGAACAAGCCUGUGGUGAAGAAGGGUAAAGUAAGGGUUCUGAAGUCAGUGCCGGCCCCGGCCCCCGCGCCGCCGCCCCCCGCCCCCGCGCCGCCCCCGCCUGCGCACCACUACGCCACGACUGCAGCUCACUCACACAUCAACACCUACUUGUAGAGCACGAGUGUCGAAUGUGAUGAUGUAAAUUAGCCCGUAUCACGCAAUAGACCAAUAUGUACAUGGAAAAUAAAUUAAGUUAGUAAAUAAUAGUAAUAAGAUGUAAAACAAGGACUUUUAUUUAUAAAGACUAUCAAACAAUAACUUAAAUAUAAUGUCUUAUUAAUAAGAAUUCGUGUAAAAUAUGACCUCAGGAUGAGGAUAUCUACUUAGAUAUAUAACAUGCAUGAAGGUAAGUUUAUUUUUAUACACAUGAUCUAAUAGGUAUUCCGUAAUUAUUUUAUAUUCAGCAUCCUCUUCUAUAUUAUAAAUAUGCAGAAGACUUUAAAACCACGAAACUAGAUACAUUUUAGAUUUCUCGAUAGUAUUUUUAAUUUACAUAUUUACUGGGAUAAAAUAACAAUGCUGAUACUUUACUUUUAUCUAUAAACUAAAAUGAAAGAGAACAUUUUAAAGUACCUACUUAUAAAAAGUCGCAUUUAGCAUAAUACAUGAGGAUUUUGUUUACUUAUUUAAAAUCCGAUGGCAGAUAGAAACUUAGUAAUACACCUCAUUGACACCAGUCUUACUCCUCUACUCUUCUCUUCAGCCUAACGACCCUGUCUCGUCAAAAACACAUG